AUUUGAAACGGAUGUCCGGUGUGCGCACUCUAGCGACCAUUUGAAUCGACCACUUUCUUUCCGUUCAUCUGGCUCUCGGGACUGUUCAUAGUUGUCACGAUGAAGCUGAACGUAUCCUUUCCGGCAACAGGAUGUCAGAAAUUGUUCGAAAUUUCCGACGAACAUAAGCUGAGAAUAUUUUUUGAAAAGCGCAUGGGUGCUGAAGUUGAAGCUGAUGCUUUAGGUGACGAAUGGAAAGGCUAUGUCGUUCGUAUAUCUGGUGGCAACGACAAACAAGGUUUUCCUAUGAAACAGGGUGUCCUGACUAAUGGUCGUGUACGUCUACUGCUUUCGAAGGGACAAUCCUGCUACAGACCCAGGCGUGACGGUGAACGUAAACGUAAAUCCGUUCGUGGGUGCAUCGUAGAUGCAAACUUAUCUGUUCUUGCCUUGGUUAUUGUCAAGAAAGGAGAAAAGGAAAUCCCAGGUUUGACUGACAACAACGUACCACGUCGUUUAGGACCUAAGAGAGCAAGCAAAAUUCGCAAACUCUUCAAUUUAUCGAAGGAAGACGACGUUCGUCAGUUCGUUGUAAAACGGCCGAUUCAAAAAGAAGGCAAAAAGGAACGAGUAAAAGCGCCUAAGAUUCAACGUCUUAUUACUCCACUUACUUUGCAGCGUAAACGACAUAGACUAGCUCUGAAGAAGAGGCGCUGCUUGGCACGUAAACAGCAAGCAGCUGAUUACGCGAAGUUGUUAGCGCAAAGACAAAAAGAAGCAAAAAACAAACGUCAAGAAGAACUGAAACGCAGGCGUAGUGCAUCAAUGCGCGACUCUAAAUCGUCCAGUCAGUCGGCACCCACUGCCCAAAAAUAAAUGACUGCAGUGUUGUAUUUAUAAUUUAAUAAAAGUACUUUCAUCUACUUU